UGAUGCCCAGUCGCACGCGCUUAGACAUGCAACUCCCGCAGUCUGCUGGCUCUCAAACCCAUGGAAUACGAAAGAUACCGCGGUACUGUCAAAUUUUUUCGCGGUAGCUUUGGCUGGCUAACUUCCAAUGACAUCGCCAAGAAGAUUGGAGAUCGAGACAUUUUUCUUCACAAGAAUCAGCUGAAUUCUGUGCCAAGUGUUGGUGCAAUCGUGGAGUUCAAGCUCGUCGUGGAUGCCAAAGGGCAGCCCAAGGCAGAAGAUGCCGUGGUGGUGAGCGGUGCUGGGGCAUGCGCAGGUGAGUCAAAGGAGUUGAAAGUGUCGAAGGACACGAAGGACACGAAGGUAAAGCGUGCAGCGUUGAUGCUUUUCCGGGGUGACGAAGUGCUGGUCCUUCGGGAGAAGAAGGAUGAUCAAGAUACGCUUCUAUGGAGCGACCUUGGUGGAAAAGUGGAGUUUGGUGAGAGUUAUUUGGAAUGUGCAAUCCGAGAGUUGGACGAGGAGGCUCGAGGUUUCUUGUCACCUAAAUCAAUCGAAAUGCUGAAGUUGGGCUUGCGAAAUCAAUAUGGUGACGACAGGCAAACACCUGAAGUGGUUCCACUCAAAGCAUCGGGAAAAUACCCACAAGCGGUGGCUGUCUUUCCAUUAGAUUGCAGUGGGGUAGAACUGGAUGCGCCCUCAGGAAGCAUCUUUGAUGUUUGUCCUUUGUCAGUGUUUUAUCUUGAUAGUUUUCUAUUUUUUUUGUUGUGUGCAGUGUGGUGGCCUUCCGACGUCUGCCCGUCAGCCGGUUUGCUGAACUUAUCAAGGAAUUGCUGGACGCAAAGGGCCCAAAUUCUUUUGGAGUUCAUGAAAUGCGGUGGUUAAGUCGGCAGCACCCGGACCUGCGAGACCGAAGUCUUACUCGGUGGCCUUUGCUCCGUGCAGUCUGUGCGCUGCGAGGUGCUUGUCGGGGCAGGUCAAGAUCGCCUCGGCGUGCUGAGUAGCCGAGUAGCCGAGCCACCUAGGCUGUGUGCUGAAAUGGUUGACUUUGGCAUAGUCAGCAGAGACCAGACCUGAGACCAGACAAGAAA